ACUAAAACGUGAUAAAACCAGACGGUGGACAAGAACGGUGGCGUUCGGUGCAGCAAAAUGUCUCGUUCGCGUUCGUUUCAUUUUCGAAUCGAGAAGAAAUUCGCGAUAAACUAAAACCAGAUGAAACGUAACGAGAAAGCGACGUGAUUAGUGAAUGAAAGAGUGUGAAAUGUUAAAUCGCGUGUGAGAUGGCGUCGAACGCGUUCCUUUAGAAUCUUUUUUUGUUAUUGGUUGUUAUAAGAAGGCUGGUGAAGAAGAAAAAGAAGUUUUUGGACGUUUGAUCGAGGAGAAAAAAAGGCGAAGAAAUUAAAAGAAAAACUAAAAUAAUGUUCGAGUAUAAUAAUAAUAAUAGUAAAGGGUGUAAAAAUAGAACGUGGUCUAUUAGUGAGUUGGAAUCAUCAUUAUAGUUGUGUGUCAAAAAUUAAAAACAAAAAAAAGUAAGAAAAUUAUGGUUUAGUAGUGUUUAAGUUAUGAUUUUUUUAACACAAAAAAGAAGUUAAGUUAAAGAGGAAGAAGAACACGGAGGUUUUACUUUUUUAUGGGUAUCUGUUAUAGUUGUACAAAAUCGAGGAGGCGAUUUAAAGAUAAAGGAACUAAGAUAUGUUCAUCUCUUCAAUCGGCGGUUUCUCCUCUUCACAUCCAACAACACCCCAUCCCAAUUGAAGUUGAAAAUAACGUAGUCGCGGUGGCUAACAAAAGUGAUCCGUUGAACGGUGGUAUUGCGCCCCCGCUGCUGCUGCCGCUGACGACCGUCAGCGAAAAUUGCGGUUCGUCAUCAGGCAACAACAAGGGGCUAGUCGACCAAAAACGACAAAGUAUGUCAAAUGCAAUCAAGCAAAUGGUCAGCAAACGUAGGAAUCGUUACAAAAAGGACGGAUUCAAUCUUGAUUUAACCUAUAUUACAAGAAACAUCAUAGCGAUGGGUUACCCCGCUUCGAAUAUAGAAGGAGUUUAUAGGAACAAAAUCGAAGACGUCGCCAGAUUUUUACAAUCAGAACACGGGGAUCACUACAAAGUGUACAACUUGUGUUCGGAAAGGAACUAUGACAAAUCGAAAUUUUGCGAUCGCGUCGAACAAUUUCCGUUCGACGAUCACAAUCCGCCAAAAAUCGAAUUGAUCCAGCCGUUCUGCGAGAGCGUCCACCGUUGGUUACAGGUGGAUUCGAAAAACGUCGCCGCCGUUCAUUGCAAAGCCGGAAAAGGACGAACGGGAACCAUGAUUUGUUGCUAUCUGUUGCAUUCGAAAAUGUUUACCGAUCCGACGAAGGCGCUCGAACAUUACGAUAGUAAACGGACGCAAGACCAAAAAGGAGUUACUAUACCGUCUCAAGUUCGUUAUGUCCAUUAUUACGGUAAACUACUUCAAGAUAACCUGACAUACGCAUCGGAAGUGCUCUACGUCCAUCAGAUACGUUUAGAACCGGCGCCAAUUUUCGUCGGGGGACAAGGAAGCGUAUCGUUUAGUAUAUCGCAACAAGAAACGGCCACGGACGGUUCCGCGAGUGGCGGUGAAGUGAUCGAAAAGUACAAAAGCUGUAUGUACGAGGUGAAACGGAAUCAAAACGCGGGUUUGAUUCUCGAAACGGAUAGUUGCGUGCCGAUUUUCGGAGACGUUAAAGUUAAGUUUUACACGAAAAAACUCUACAAGGAAAAACAGUUUCAUUUCUGGGUGAACACGUUCUUCGUAUCGCGGUAUAACGGACCGAAUUCCGCGGGUGAUAUUGAAUUGGUUUUAAGAAAAAACGAAUUGGAUAUUGUUAAUAAAAAGGAUAAACAGAAUAAAGCGUUUACUGAGGAUUUUAAGGUAACCGUUGUGUUUAGGCGAGUGCCAAAAGAUCCGACGCGUUGGGGCGCAUCGCCCCCUAAAUCAACUUGCCUCCACCAAGGUGGUCAUCAUCAAAGUACGACGACGACGACCACCAUGUUACACGACCAAACGACGAUGACGACGACCACCGGAAAUAACGGACGAAAUCAAACGUCGUUGCUACAACAGGACACGACACCAAGCGUGAGUUCGUCGGGUUCCGGAGACGACGAUUCGCCGGAAUGCGACGACGAUGUCAGUCCGGAAAGUGACGAGGAUGAGGACGACGACGACGACGAGGACGGCUGGGAUAGUGCAUUGGAAAUAGAGUCAACGUCAAUGGAUGAUCGACAACCGAGAGAGUUCGGUUACCGAUUGCUUUCUGAAUCGGAUCUGAGUUUCCCGUUGGGAUCCACGUCGUCAGGUGGUGGUGGUGGUGGAGACCAUCUAAUGGCGGCUUAAACAUUUAGAUAUCAACAAAAUUUUUCGAAUAAGAGUACAAAAUAAUCCUUAAAUAAAUAAAAACGUACAUUUAAAGCACACACACAAAUAUAACACUAUAUAUAAACACGAUAAUGAUAUCUAUUUAUAUUAGUAUUUCAAUUAAAAAAAAUAAAAUUGUUUAAAAAUUA